AUGUUUGGCAUUAAGAGAAUAAAGUGUAUGCAACUCUUAAUAUUGUGGAUUUUAUUGACAAAUGUCAUGGUUUUGCUCUACCACUACUCAGACCAACCUCAAAUAAAGGCUGUAGAUUCUGAAGAACAGACUUGUCCUAUUAGCAUUUCCAGAGGACGGGUGCAUGAUGCUGUGACCAUACCUAUUAAGAGGCCAAAGUGCUCACCUAAAGUGAACAUUAUGUUCAUGAAGACUCAUAAAACUGCCAGCAGUACUCUCCUCAACAUCCUCUUUCGGUUUGGCGAGAAACACAAGCUUAAAUUUGCUUUCCCUGAUGGACGCAAUGACUUCUUCUACCCGUCCCCUUUCAUGUGUUCCCAGGUUAAGGGCUACAAACCUGGAGACUGCUUCAAUAUUGUGUGUAACCACAUGCGUUUUGACCACCGUGAAGUGGCUAAGCUCCUACCUCCAGAUGCAGUAUACAUCACUAUUCUCCGAAACCCAGUUGACCUGUUUGAAUCUUCCUUCCAUUACUACCACAGAGCAGUGCCCUUGACAUGGAAGCUCACAAAUGAGAAUAAACUGGCUGAGUUUCUAAACAAUCCCAGGGGCUUCUACAGCAAAAAAGCAUUUAACUCAUUCUAUCUUAAAAAUCUGCUGUUUUUUGACUUUGGAUUUGACAAUAACCUAGUCAUUGAUGACCCUCACAUAACAGAGGCCAUUGCAGACUUGUCAAAGCAUUUUCAUCUUGUCCUCCUGGCAGAGUACUUUGAAGAGUCCUUGAUUCUAUUGAAGGAGCUGCUUUGCUGGACAAUGGAAGAUGUGCUAUAUUUCAAACUCAAUACCCGCAGGAACUCAUCUGUUUCUCGACUCACACCAGAUCUCAAAGCUAAAGCUCAAGAGUGGAAUGCCAUUGAUUGGAAACUGUAUCAGCAUUUUAAUGACACAUUCUGGAAGAAGGUUGAGGCAUAUGGAAUAAAAAGAAUGGAAGAGGAUGUGAAAGAGCUGAGGAGGAGAAAUGCUGAAAUGAAGGCCUUCUGUAUUGAGGGGGGUCAUGCAGUGGAAGCCCAUAACAUUGAAGACCAGCAUUUCAUGCCAUGGCAGCCAGUUGGAGAGUCUUCCAUCCUUGGUUACAACAUGAAAAAAUUCAUUGACCCCAAAUACAAGAUAAUCUGUCAGAAAAUGCUUACUCCAGAGAUUCAAUACUUAGCUGACCUGGGUGUAAACCUGUGGCUUACUAAACUUUGGGGUUGGGUAAAAGAUGCUUUUAUUUCUAAACAUCCAUACUAAGAACAGUGCAGUUUGUUUACUCCUCU